AUGCCGAUAGCGAUAUUCGGCUUCAUCACAAACGUCAUCAAUGUCAUAGUUUUUUGUGAUCCGGAAAUGCGAUGUUCGCUUGUCAAUCAUUUUUUGCUGGUCCUAUCAAUAUCCGACCUCCUCCUACUCGUUUGCAACUUUUUUAUGCUCAUAUUCCCGGUUAUCGCGUCGAUGAGCAAUAACUAUUUAUUACACAACUAUUAUCCAUUAUUCCUGUGGUUCGCUUAUCCGGUUGGAUUAAGCACACAAACGUGUGGCGUCUAUUUGACAGUGUUGGUGUCGGUGCACAGAUAUUUGGGCGUUUGUCAUCCGUUUCGAGCGAAACGAUGGGUUUCUGGCAAACCGGUGAAGUGGGCGAUUAUAGGCUCAAUAAUCUUCAGUAUCGUGUUAAACCUUCACACUUGGCUAGAACUCGAUAUCCGCACCUGCUAUGACAUCAACUUCAAUAGCCCCUUAAGAGCCAUCUUCUUGACUCCAUUGAGAAUGAACUCAAUGUACACAUUGAUCACAAAAUGUAUAAUGUAUACAUUAACUAUGUUUAUCAUUCCCUUCAUCACUCUAAUUAUCGUUAAUUGCCGGAUUGUGGUGGCAUUGAAGGAGUCGACUAGAAUGAGGAAUGGUCAGUCGAUGAAGAAAAGCACACAAUCAAGGAUCAUGAAUAAUUUCCGGAUGUUGAAAGGUGCAAAGUAUAGCGAGCUGUUUGGACGAUUUGGAAGGUUGAAUUUCAACCCUCUCAAAACGCCGUCUCUCCUCAAAACGAACGGAAACUCACUCCGAGACCGUUCGGUAACCCUUAUGCUCCUCGCCAUCGUCGCUAUUUUCCUCUGCUGUAAUUGUCUGGCAUUCUGUAAUAAUAUAUAUGACAACGUGCAAGUCGCCAAAAAGCAUGCACAAGAGUCGGGCUCCUCCAAUUCAACUUUAUUGCCUCCAGAGAUCGAAGAACUCUCACAAGAUUACGAUGAGGAAUGGAGUAUUUUCGACGAGUGGACUUUUGAUUUUUCCGUCGAAAUUUCAAAUCUUUUGAUCAGUUUAAACUCGUCGAGCUCUAUGUUUGUCUAUCUGAUAUUCUCGAGCAAAUAUCGAUCGAUUAUUAAACAUUGGUUGGGGUUGGAGAAGAGGAGACGAACAAAUGGAGUGGCUCUUACUACAGUAAUGGCUGCACAGAAAGCACUGGAGCUCUCGAUUCUUCCGGAUGAAGUUGAAGCCCGCCGAAACCGAAAAGAAAAGAACCGUUUCGUGAAGAAUUCAAAGCAACUCAACAAAUCGGCUCAAUUGUUUUUGACCACCUCGGAAACGGAUCUCCGGAAGGCUACAAUGGUGCGAAAAGAGGCGAAUGAGGAUGAGAUUCAAGAGAUUCAAAGUGAUGAGCCGAGUGCUGCUAGCAAUAUUUCUAGGGGUAAGAAUUGA